GGCGCCUGUCGUAAAAUGGUUGCAACAAUGUUGGCAGUAGAGAGUUCAGAGCUAAAAGUCAGUAAAUAAGAAAGUUUUGUUAUUUCAAAGGCGCUUGUUGUAUUGUAUACUUAUGUUGAAUGGAUUCGAUUCGAGGCGCCUGUCCCAAGUCGGUUGCCUACGUUAGGGGAGCCCUAAACUGAAUUGAUAUCCAGCUAUAUUAGCGUUAAAAUGGCAUCAUUCAACGGAGGGGGAGGGAACCAUGUACUUGUGGAGGUGAGCCCAGAUAUCCACAUCUGUGGCUUCUGUAAGCAGCAGUACAAUAACUUUGAGGUCUUUCUGGCCCACAAGCAAAAUGGCUGCCAUAUACCCUCCUCUAACAUAUCAGCAUCUAACUCCGCACCCACUCUUACAGAUUCCAGCACAGAGUUUUUUGAGGAAGCCUACCAGACGUGUGUUAUGAGAGGUGUCAAAAAGAUCCUGACCAAAGCCCCCAAAACACCUUCCAAAAAAAUAAAACCUGCCCUGACUUCAAAGAGACGCAGCUGCUGUUUCUCAGGUUGCUCUUUCAAGACACAGUACGGUCAAAAAGACAUGGAGCGGCAUCUCAAAACGCAUACUGGUGAGAAGCCGUUUGAAUGUGAGCUGUGCCAAAAGCGGUUCAGCCGGAGGGACAAGCUGAACAUGCACCUCCGAUCCCACACGGGAGAGAAGCCUCACAAGUGCAAGUACUGUCUCUACGCUGCGGCCGACAGCAGCAGUCUGAAGAAACACCUCCGUAUCCACUAUGACGAGAGGCCCUUCAAGUGCCAAAUCUGCCCUUACGCCAGCCGCAACUCCAGCCAGCUCACCGUGCACCUCCGCUCACACACUGGGGAUGCACCUUUCCAGUGCACUCAGUGUGAAGCAAAGUUCAAGAUCAACUCUGACCUGAAGAGGCACAUCCGCAUCCACUCGGGUGAGAAGCCUUAUAAGUGUGACUUCUGUGAGUACCGCUGUGCCAUGAAGGGCAACCUGAAAUCUCACGUCCAGAUAAAACAUGGCACGUCCAACUCUUUUCCCUGCCCUGACUGUGACUUCCAGUGCACCAACAAGACAGCCCUGCGGCAGCACUCGCGAGAGCACCAGCCCACUCAACCCAUCCAGUGCUCCAAGUGCAUCUACUCCUGCUCCAGCAAGGGGGCGCUCAAGGUCCAUGAGCGGAUCCACUCUGAAGAGCGACCCUUCAAAUGUGACUUCUGCAGUUUCGCCACCAAGCAGCGCAGCAACCUGGUCAUCCACAAGAAGAAGUGUCAUGCGGACAAACCUGAGAAGGGGGCAAGUGUUGGUGGGAAAGGAGGCAAAGCCAGUGUCGGUAAUGGAGAGGAUCCUGCCAAGCCUGUGAGCUCCCGGUACCGGGCCAAGCUGGAUGCAACGCGGGCCUUCCGCUGUGACCUGUGCGAGGCAUCAUUUGUGAGGGAGGACUCUCUGCGCAGCCACAGGAAGCAGCACCGGGAAUCAGGCUCUGAACAGACUCUUUCCUUGACGCUCCAGCCCAUUACCUCCCAGCCCAGUAGUGUGACUGUGUGCCCUUUACCCAGGCAGGACACCACCCAGCUCCCCCUCCACCAUGUCCCCCUAGCUCCCCUGGCCCCCUACAGCAGUUCCCAGCUUAAGAUCAUAGUAUCCCACCCGUUGGGUCAGGAGGGCUCCUUCCAUCCCCUGCAGGCUGGGGUGGGUGUGGACAUUGGGCAGCACCAGCAUCACACCAAGGGUUCCUCUGCCAUCCUCUUGAGCCCAGAGAGUCAGGACAUGGUGGUCAACUCCAUGAUCCAGCAGGUCAACCUGAGCCUCACGCCCAUGCAGCAUAUAGGAGGUCCAACAGACGGCGCUGGUCUGGAGCCUGGGACGGUCCUGCUGACACACCUCUCCUCAGAGGAUAGCAGUAACCCUCUGCACCAGGCCCUACUGCAGACAGCCAUUACCUCCCAGGUCUCUUCAGCAGCCCACAGCACACAGGCCUUCAUCACCACCUGCUCAGACCUGGAGGGCUUUAACGCUCUUAUCCAGGAGGGGGGCACCGAGGUUACUGUGGUGACGGAGGGAGGGAACCACGGUAACCUAGUCGCCACGGCCACCUCCAUGUUCCCGCCCUCGGACAUGAUGUGUAGCGAAGGUGGCCCUUCGGAAGACUUGGCCAAGCAGGCACAUGUAACAGUGUUGCACGGGGUUGGGGACAAUAGCAUUAUCACCUGUGAGGAGGACAGUAGUCUCAUUGUCCCUAGCAUCAGUUUAGGCAGCCAGGGAGUGGUCAUCCACAGCUUGCCACUGGUGGUGACUGCCCAGAACCAGCCUGUUCUAGAACAACUCUCAGUCUCUACACAGAACCUCUAUUCAGUGUCGGACACACACAACAUGGACGGCCUCCAAGACUGACUAGAUCACCAUUACUGAAGGUCAACAGGUCAAAUAGAUAUUUAUAACAAAUGGUGAGAGGGCAGCUAAUGUUCCGUUACAGAGUGAUGACUCUUGACUUAUGUCAUGCUUAGAUUAAUUUAUUUGUUAAUCAUAAAUUCCGGCUUGAAUGAAGUAUGUUUGGUACAACCUAGUCAAUAUCGGAUUAUUUUAAUCUUUGACGUGUUCCCCAAUCAUGAACUUUCCAAUUCCGAUGAACACAAAGGCGAUGCAUUGCUUAAAGUGUCAUGAAACUGGGCAUUUCAGAAAAACAAAUUAAAACAAUAUCUGCUUGUGUUUCUGUGCUACUGUCGUAUUUUGAAAUACUUGAAAUGUAUUGUACUUGGUGUUUGUUUCUGCUUUACUAACCUGUCAUUGACCAUGAAAGAGUAUAAAUACAUUAAAGUUAAAAAUUGAUAACUUAUAUCAAAAAACCUAGACAGAAAAUACAUUCUAUGCUUUCCAGUUACCUAUUAUUUAUGUCAAUAGAUGUUCCUAGUGUCCACAAGCUAUUUGCUUAACGUUCUUUGUAUUUAUACGGAAUUGCAGCCUUUCAUGGCUUUAGCAAAGAGUCAUGGGAAACAAUGUACAUUUCAAUUUGGUAUUGGUACAAUGCUGUGUCAAUUCACCUGAUAAAGAAUGAUCUAUGUGCCUCAAUUUCCGAAUGAGGUCUUCCUCCUGUAUGUUAUAUUGCAGGUUUGAUUCAUCAUUGAAAAUAUGUCAAGGUACUUAUGUUUUCAAAGCACAAACUACUAACUACAAUAGUCAAUAGACAUUUGAUUGAAUGCCUCUUCUGCUUGUUGUUUGCUAUUAUCCUCUUGGAGCCAGUUUGACAUUCAGCCUUCAAGUCCUUAGUGUUCGCAGGGAAGUGAAGGCUGCGCUGGAAAAGGGCUGCGUCCCAUUACUGCUCCGUAUUUCCCACGUAGUGCACUACUUUUGACCAGGAACCAUAGGGCUCAGGUCAAAAGUACUGCACCCUAUAGGGGACAGGGUGCCAUUUGGGACGUUACCAAGGAGUCUCUCUGGCACAGUUGACCAUUGAUUUUUCUUUCAGCACUAAUGGCUUUAGAAACUCAACUGUGACCCCUCUGCUUUCUCUGGCUGUGGAUGGGCACAAUCUGAGCAAAUCAUUCGCUGGCUGAUGCUCCGACUGCUCUUCCAACGAGGAUGGGGAGAUCUCAAGAGUCAUGGAAUAUGUGGAAUGUCACUUUGUGAUUCUGUAGAAUGGAAAUAAUUGUACCUUUUUGAAGGAUCUAGAGAUCGAUAGAGGGUGCAUGUAGUAUCUGUGAAGUCCCAGUCUUUGUAGAACGUACUGUGGUUAUUUAUUGAGAUCUAUAUGAUUUCUCAUGUAAACAUACAUGUUUUUACAGUUGUAUGUAUGCUUAUUUUAACCAUUCUAUAUUCAGACAUCUCGCCAUUUCAGUGAAGCCUGGGUGUCCGAGGCUACCAGCCAUUUGAUAUAAGGCUCCAGCAUCUCUAGCGCUUUGGUGUAAUGUCCCUAGAUUGCCUUUUGGGGUCAGUAAGUAUCCAACAUUAAAAUCAU